ACACACACACAUACACACACACGCACACACACACACCACCGGAGCAUCAUCAUCAUCUUUAUCUUCAUCUUUGUGUUUGUUGUGUUGGAGCGACGCGGUGAAUCAACAGGACGAGGCGCGAGACGGAAUCAACAAUGUCACCGGGUCCGUUAAAACAUUUCACCGUCUGAUCCUCCGGGAGGACACAAACACAACGGCACCGGAUUUUUUUUUUUUUUUUUUUACAUUUAUUAAUAAUAUAUAUAUAUAUAUUUAAUUUAAAACAAAACAAACACCUUCCACCUGAAGAGACAUAACCGGAGCAACACCGGGAAGAACCCGCUGUCUGUCGGUACCGGAGCACCGGGAGGAUAAUCAGACGGUAAAUCAACAGGAGACGAACGACGCAGGUGGUGCCGGAACCAAGAACCAGAACCAUGGAGUGGCUCCGUGGCGUGCUGCUCCUCACCGUGCUGCAGUGCUGCUCGGUGGCCCGUGGCGGCUGCGAGCCCCGGCUGGUGAACAUCGGCGCCGUGCUGAGUCAGAAACGAUACGAGCAGGUGUUCAAGGAGGCGGUGAGCCAGGCCAACACGCUGUACGGCAAGGACAAGUUCAAGAUGAACGCCAUUUCCGUCACGCACAAGCCCAACGCCAUCCAGAUGGCCCUGUCAGUCUGUGAGGACCUCAUCUCCAACCAGGUUUAUGCGAUCCUGGUCAGUCACCCUCCUCAGUCUAACGACCAUCUGACCCCGACGCCCGUCUCCUACACCGCCGGCUUCUACCGGAUCCCCGUGGUCGGCCUGACAACUCGCAUGUCCAUCUACUCGGACAAGAGCAUCCACUUGUCGUUCCUGCGCACCGUGCCUCCGUACUCCCACCAGGCUCACGUGUGGUUCGACCUGAUGAGGGAGUUCAGGUGGAACCACAUCAUCCUGAUCGUCAGCGACGACCACGAAGGACGAGCCGCGCAGAAGAGACUGGAGACGCUGCUGGAGGAGCGAGAGACCAAGACUAAAAACAGGAACUAUGAAAACCAAGACCAACAGAACUUUGACUUCAGGAGAACGCCCAAGGCGGAGAAGGUGCUGCUGUUCAGCCCGGAAACAAACCUGACCGCUCUGCUGCUGGAGGCCAAAGACCUGGAGGCCCGUGUCAUCAUCCUCUCUGCCAGUGAGGAUGAAGCUACAGCGGUGUACAAAGCAGCCCGUCACCUCAACAUGACCGGCUCCGGUUACGUCUGGCUGGUCGGAGAGAGAGAGAUGACGGGCAAAGCUCUGAGUGAAGCUCCAGACGGCCUGCUGGGCCUCCAGCUGAUUAACGGUAAGAACGAGUCGGCUCACAUCGCAGACGCCGUGGCGGUGGUGGCUCAGUCUCUGCAGGAGCUGUUUGAGAAGGAGAACAUCACAGAGCCGCCGCGGGGCUGCGUGGGCAACACCAACAUCUGGAGGACCGGCCCGCUCUUCAAACGGGUGCUGAUGGCAUCAAAGUACCCCGACGGUCUGACGGGACGCAUCGAGUUCAAUGACGACGGCGACCGACGUUUCGCCACCUACAGCAUCCUCAACUACCAGCAGAAGUCGGGACGCCUCGUCCAGGUCGGAGUCUUCAACGGAUCACAGGUUGUGAUGAACCCACAGAGGAAGAUCAUCUGGCCUGGAGGAGAGACAGAGAAACCAGUAGGAUACCAGAUGUCGACGAAACUGAAGAUCGUGACCAUCCAUCAGGAGCCGUUUGUUUACGUGAAGCCAACAAAGACUGACGGGACGUGUAAAGAGGAGUACACCGUCAACGGAGUCCUCAUCAAGAAGGUGAUCUGUACCGGACCCAACGGGACCAUCCCAGGUCAGCCCAUCGUCCCUCAGUGUUGCUAUGGUUUCUGCAUUGACCUGCUCAUCAAGCUGGCGAUGAGCAUGAACUUCACCUACGAGGUUCACCUGGUGGCUGACGGGAAGUUUGGUACACAGGAGCGCGUGAACAAUAGUAAUAAGAAGGAGUGGAACGGGAUGAUGGGCGAGCUGCUCGGAGGUCUCGCCGACAUGAUCGUGGCCCCGCUGACCAUCAACAACGAGCGUGCUCAGUACAUCGAGUUCUCCAAACCCUUCAAGUACCAGGGACUCACCAUCCUCGUCAAGAAGGAAAUCCCUCGCAGCACUCUGGAUUCGUUCAUGCAGCCGUUCCAGAGCACACUGUGGCUGUUAGUCGGUCUGUCGGUCCACGUGGUGGCAGUGAUGCUUUACCUAUUAGACCGGUUCAGCCCGUUUGGAAGGUUUAAAGUGAACAGUGAAGAAGAAGAAGAAGACGCCCUCACCCUGUCCUCCGCCAUGUGGUUCUCAUGGGGAGUACUGCUGAACUCCGGAAUCGGAGAAGGAGCUCCCAGGAGUUUCUCAGCCAGGAUUCUGGGUAUGGUGUGGGCAGGUUUCGCUAUGAUCAUCGUAGCUUCAUAUACUGCCAACCUGGCAGCCUUCCUUGUGUUGGACCGGCCUGAGGAGCGCAUCACUGGCAUCAAUGACCCCAGGCUGCGUAACCCAUCAGAUAAGUUCAUCUACGCCACAGUGAAGCAGAGCUCGGUGGAUAUUUACUUCAGACGGCAGGUGGAGCUGAGCACCAUGUACCGGCACAUGGAGAAGCACAACUACGAGAGCGCCGCAGAGGCCAUCCAGGCCGUCAGAGACAAUAAGCUUCAUGCCUUCAUCUGGGACAGCGCUGUGUUGGAGUUCGAGGCGUCGCAGAAGUGCGAUCUGGUGACAACAGGAGAGCUUUUCUUUCGCUCUGGAUUCGGGAUCGGAAUGAGGAAAGACAGUCCGUGGAAACAGAACGUUUCUCUAGCUAUUCUCAGCUCUCAUGAGAAUGGCUUCAUGGAGGAUCUGGACAAGACGUGGGUUCGAUAUCAGGAGUGUGACUCAAGGAGCAACGCCCCCGCUACGCUCACCUUCGAGAACAUGGCAGGUGUGUUCAUGCUGGUUGCCGGGGGCAUCGUCGCCGGGAUCUUCCUCAUCUUCAUCGAGAUCGCCUACAAACGACACAAAGACGCUCGCAGGAAACAGAUGCAGCUGGCGUUCGCUGCAGUGAACGUGUGGAGGAAGAACCUGCAGCCGUACCCGACUGACAUCACCGGACAGCUCAACCUAUCAGAUCCCUCUGUCAGCACCGUGGUCUGAGAGAGAGAGAGCGACACUGCUGCUGCUGAGCCACACACACACACACACACACAC